AUGAUUGUGCCAUUUAUUGGAAGACUGUCGUUUGCAGAUUAUUGGGUGAUACUAUUAGUGUAUUUAGAGACACUAGUAGCAUCAAUCCUGGCAUUGAUUCCACAACCGAUUUUCAAUUUCUUCGGCUCAAUUAUUAAUUACAGCGUGGAUAUAGAUGAUUCUACCAUCGAAGAGAAAUUAAGAGAAUGUCCUACAAUCCAUGAAAUGUGUGCUUUGUUUAAUAUCUCCGUAGAGGACCAUUUGGUACGUACAGAAGAUAAUUAUAUCUUGACUGUACAUAGAAUCAAACCUUUGCCUGGUACAGAAAAUGGGAAAGUCGUCUACUUACAUCACGGUCUAUUGAUGUGUUCCGACGUAUGGUGUUGUCAAACAGAUAGAAAUAAAAAUUUACCCUUUGUAUUACAUGAUUUGGGUUAUGAGGUUUGGAUGGGUAAUAAUCGUGGGAAUAAAUAUUCAACGGCUCAUUUAUACCAUGCACCAAAAUCUAAUAAAUUUUGGGAUUUUUCAAUCGAUGAAUUUGCAUUCUUUGAUAUUCCAAAUUCUAUUGAAUUCGUCUUGGAUUUUUGUCAAGUUGAAAAAUUAAUUUGUAUUGGUUUCUCUCAAGGUUCUGCUCAGAUGUUUGCUGCUUUUUCUUUAAAUGAAAAAUUAAAUGAUAAAGUCUCGCAUUUUAUUGCAAUUGCACCUGCAAUGACCCCCAAAAGAUUACAUAAUAGAAUCGCUGAUACGUUCGCUAAAUCUUCUCCAUCUUUAAUGUAUUUGUUUUUCGGUAGAAAUAUCAUUUUACCAAGUGCAACCACUUGGCAAAGAACGAUUCAUCCUAAAAUAUUCAAUAAAUUAAUCGAUAUUGGUAAUAGGAUCCUUUUUAAUUGGAAAUCUUCAAAUAUUACUAAAGAACAAAAGAUUGCUUGUUACGCUAAAUUAUAUUCUACAACAUCUGUAAAAUCGAUUGUUCAUUGGUUUCAAAUCUUAAGAUCUCAAAAAUUUAGUAUGUUUGAAGAAUCAGAUGAUAUGUUCAAUUCUUUAACUAGACCUUAUUUGGUUCCAACUUUCCCAACAAGAACAAAUAUUAGAAUCCCGAUUCUAUUAAUAUAUGGUGGUAAUGAUCUAUUAGUAGAUAUCAAAGUUAUGAAACGUAAUUUACCUGCAACUUCUGUCUUCGAUGUCAAAGUUGAUAAUCAUGAACAUUUGGAUUUGAUUUGGGGUCAAUACACUGAUGUUCUAGUGAUAUCAAAAGUAUUGAAGUUCAUUGAAUUUUUCGAUAAUAUAGGCGCAAAUCUAUUACCAAGUAUAUCGAGACGUGACUCUAGUGCUAGUGAAUUCGGCACUACAUCAAGACGUCGUCAAACUUUGACUAAUUCAGGGAAAUUGUUGAAUGCUAUCCCAGCAAAUACCAUGAGAAUUGUAGACAAUUUGAGUGAACCUUCAGCUACUCUGACUGCAAGAGUGUUAUCGACACCGGGUUCUCAGGCAAGAAUGUCACCAUUGUCUCAAAGACGUGGAAGUAUGAUGGGACUGAUGGAGAACGAUCCAUUAAGAAACAAUAGCAGUAAAUUGAUCCCUCAUGAAGAAGGUGAUAAUAAUAACGAUGAAGAUGAUGCUAUUGGUCCAAAUGAAAAAAUCCCUGAUUCUGAAAGUAGAAUCAGCAUUGAAGAUACUAUCGCUCCAGAAGAACAACAGCCGGAAAUCGUUGAUAACCUAAAUACUACUAGUUAUAAUAACGAAGAAGAAGAUGAUUAUGAUGAUGCCAUUGCUGAUGAAGACGGUGAAGAUGACGAUGAACAAGCACAUAACAGUUUUUUAGAUGAGGAUACAAUCCACCAAAAUAGAGUUCAACGGAGGAGGUUGAGUAGAUACCUUUCUAAUGAACCAUAG